AUGAACGCCCCUGAUAGGUUCGAACUCUUCCUUCUCCAGGAUGGAGAGAAGAAGAUCGAGGAAAAGGUGUUCACUGGCAUGAGCAAUACCUCCGACUUCAAGAUCCUGAAGGAGGACCAUACUCUUGCAAACCUCCUAGCCGAGCACCUCAAGCAGGCUCCUCAUGUCCUUAUGGCUGGAUAUAAAAUCGCCCAUCCUAACGUGCCAGAGGUCAUGAUCCGAAUUCAGACGGACGGCAGUAUCACCCCUCGUGAGGCCCUUGUCGGCGCCUGCAAGCAACUGGUCGCCAUGUACGGCCAACUGGGACGCGAGUUCCAGAAGGAACUUGCCCUGCGCCAGUACGCCGAUCAGGGCGAGCAGAGCGGCAACGGUGGUGCCAACGGCGGUCACUAUUAG